AUGUCAGCAGUAGCACCAUCAACAACUUCAGCAUCAGGAGGAGCAGCAACAUCUAAUAAUAACAAUGCGCAAUUCAACUUUUUCAAAAUGUGUAUAGGUAGACCAGUAGUAGUCAAACUUAACAAUGGUGUAGAAUAUAGAGGUAUCUUGGAAGUAGUAGACGGCAAUAUGAAUAUAGUAAUGGAACAAACAGAAGAGUAUUUAAAUGGACAAUUGAAAACAAAAUAUGGUGAUUGUUUCUUGAGAGGAAAUAAUGUUUUAUAUAUAUCAGCACAAUCUAAAAAAUAA